AUGCAAUCCUCCCUGCCCCCCGGAAUCUCCAUCGUCAAGGCAGAAAACCUCGAGGAAUGGCAAAUGGACAUUCGUGUCCUGGACGAAUCAAACCCGCUCUACCUCAAUGAAACCUACCGUCUCAAAUUUACCUUCAGCAAGAGCUACCCCAUCGAAGCCCCAGAAGUCCAAUUCAUCUCCCUCACCUCCCCGCCCUCCCAAACCCCCCGCCCCAUCCCCAUCCACCCGCACAUCUACAGCAACGGCAUCAUCUGCCUCGACCUGUUGGGCACGGCCUGGUCGCCCGUGCAGACCGUCGAGAGCGUCUGCAUGAGCAUCCAGAGCAUGUUGGCCGGCAAUACGAAGAAUGAGAGACCCCCUGGCGAUGCGGAGUUCGUGGCGAUGAAUAGGCAGCGGCCGAGGGAUAUUCGGUUUUUCUAUGAUGAUUCGACGGUAUAA